AUGACAACAUGGCAUCUAUUCAACAAGAAUGCAAUGACCACAUGGCAUCUAUUCAACAAGAAUGCAAUGACCACAUGGCAUCUAUUCAACAAGAAUGUAAUGACAACAUGGCAUCUAUUCAACAAGAAUGUAAUGACAACAUGGCAUCUAUUCAACAAGAAUGCAAUGACCACAUGGCAUCUAUUCAACAAGAAUGUAAUGACAACAUGGCAUCUAUUCCGCUCGAUCAGAAUGUUCGAGGUAGCAGUCCGUGAACAGCUCGCAAUCAGACAAAACAGAAAACUAAAACAGCGAGGUGAUGGUUGA